AUGGCCAAGGACAGGGCCUUUGUGAGUUUGAAGGGUGACGGUUGGGAACAAGAGAAAAUACCAUUGGAUCGAAAGGGUAAGUACCUGUACUAUGUUGAUGAUGGUACUGUCACUGAUGUGGUGGGCUUCGAGCCGUAUGCUAUCAUAGAGCCUGCUGGGGGUGGAGGAAGGCAGAGGUCCUUGUCUGGCACAACACGCUCAGUGAUGCGGCCACAGUCGAGUAAGGUGCCCAUUGCUGGUGGGGUACGCAGCGGUGGUACUGCUAUUAUAUGUGAAGUCACUGCAACUGAGGAUGGGAGGAAGAUGCUUGUGGUUAUGUCGGCGGUACUUAUUCAUAAUAAGUACGGCACUGCUGUAGAAGCGAAAGUCACUAAAGUAGGAGAGGAGACUCAGAGCACAACGACUAUCCCUAUUGAUGGCGUUGCUGCAGUACCUCUGGCCAUGUGUGCUCAAAGAAUGCUCACGGAACAGCCCGGGGAAUGGCCCCAGCUUCGACAAGAUCGUCAGACACCGCCGAUGCUCAGCUUCCGCCCCUUAGAGGAAUCCUCAACUGACGAUGAUGAUGAUGUUACCGUGCAAGCUCCUUUCAGUAGCGAGGUCUCUCUGAUGGACCUAUUUAAUAGGUAG